CAGCAUGUUCGUUCUGAUGUUGCAGAGGACCCUGCGACAAUGUGGGUGGGAACUUGGCCUGGAGUUGUGCUCUCGGCUUCCCGUCAGGCUUUCCAAGACUCUGCCGAAGGUAAGUACGAGGUGCUGCUGAAGGAGACGACGGUCAACCUGCCUCUUGAUGUCAAAGCGUACAAGCUGCAGUUCCCGAGCGAGGCCCAGGCCUUUCAGUUCCAGGCUGCGUUCAACAGCAAUGCGCACAAGUGGUUGAGGUCCAAGUCUUUCGCGAAGAUCUACCCAGGUGCCGAUGUCGAGCUACAGAAUUCCCUGCUGUGGACGGCAAAGCACCAGUUUGGUGCCAAUGGAGGCAUGGGUGUUCUCUAUGUAUUCGGCGAUACCGACAUCGACGAACUGGUCCUGUGCGAGCAUAGUGGAUUGGAUGAUGAACGUUUCCUGCCCCAUAAAAAGGCGCUGGAGGUCUUGGGCAUCUCCGCCCAGAAGAUUGGUGAGAACAUUUGGCAUGCCAGUCUAUGGCUAGGCGUGGAUCGUUUCAGUGUCUCUCUCCCUGUUAUUCCUGGCUUUGACCUGCCUCCACCUGCCGUGUCUGCCCGAC